AUGACUCAACAAGCACCAGUGCGAGAACUGCGACAGGCAAUUAAGGAUUGUACAGAUAGAGGGUUGCUAGCAGCCGCGAAAUGGGCAGGUGAACUCCUAGUCGCAAUCCCAGCUGAAGACCGGCGCCACGCGUCGUCCUUUAUGCACUCCACCCCCUCUAAACCAUCUCAUGGACCACGACCCUCUUUCUCGUUUUCAGAUGUUGAGACCGAACAUAUAGGACUAGGAGAUGCAGCCCUAGACGAAGAAGAGGCAGAUUUGCUCGAGGUAGCGAAGACAUAUUAUGCCAUGAAGGAGCUCGAGCGCGCGUCUCACUUGUUGAAGGAUUGUAAAGGCCCCAAAGCAAGGUUUUUAUCUAUAUACUGUCGGUAUCUGGCAGCCGAUCGACAAGCUCAAGAUGUCUGGGAAUCCAAAUCCGGGACGAGGGAGCAAGAGAACGGUGCCGUCAAUGCGGACCUCGUUGACUUGCUUGCGUUGUUGAAAAACGAUACGGAGCCGUUCCUUUUGUUCUUGAAGGGCGUUAUUCUUGCUCGCAUGAACAGACGGCCCGAGGCGACUGAGGCGCUGAUCAGGUCGGCCAAAGCAUACCCCUGGAAUUGGAGUUGUUGGAAACAACUUGGGCGAAUCAUUCAAGAUAAUGAUGAGUUUACAGGUAUUCGCCCACAUAUAGGCGAUCACCCCGCAGCGACACUCUUCUCAGUAACGGUCAUGAUUGACCUUCACGCACAUGCGGAAGGCGCACUCGACUUACUUGACCGAGUCCGUGCGACGUUCCCAAAAUCACUCUACCUUCAAGCUCUUCGCGCUCAAAUAUUCUACCACCUUCGCGAUUUUGACGAAGCUGAGCAAAUAUUCGAACAUGUGCUUACCGAGGAUCCGUAUAGGGUAGAUGAAAUCGAUGUGUAUUCGAACAUUUUAUACGUGAUGAAGAAACGUGCGAGGUUGAGCGAUAUUGCACACAAAUUUGUCAAGGUUGCGAAAGACCGACCAGAAGUGUGUUGUCUAGUUGGCAAUUAUCAUAGUUUACGAUCCCAUCAUGAACCAGCGAUUAGGUAUUUCCAGCGUGCGGUGCUACUAGACAGGACAUACCUCGCUGCAUGGACGUUGAUGGGCCAUGAGUUUGUGGAACUAAAGAAUUCGCAAGCAGCUAUCGAAGCGUAUAGGCGAGCAAUCGACGUCAACCGUAAAGACUAUCGCGCUUGGUACGGCCUGGGCCAAACCUACGAAAUGAUCGAUAUGCCUCAUUAUGCUUUACACUAUUUCCAGAGAGCUACAGCUUUGAGGCCGUACGAUAUUCGUAUGUGGCAGGCCCUGGCAUCAUGUUAUCAGACUAUACAAAAGUAUAAAGAUGCUAUUCAAUGCUACCGCCGUGCCCUCUUCGGAGUUGACCAGCUAUCCAGAGAAGCAGCCGGGCUGGUGCAUAAACUCGCACAACUUUAUACCCAGAUUAACGAUCACGAACAAGCGGCAAAAUGUCACUCGCGAGUUGUCGAAAUCGCGAUUCAUUCACACCCGGAUGUGCCGGUUGUCGAAUACGCCAAGAGUGCGAUGCAUUGUGCAUUAUGGGAGAUAUCUAUGGGCGGGGACUUGGAAAAAGCGAGAGCGUUGCUGAGUAGGGUCGCUACAAGUGCUGCCGAAGAAAGUGGAGAUGCAGCCGCUCGAUUAAGGGCAUUGGACGAAGCCGAGGGAGGAGAUAUGGUUCAGAGCUAA